CCAGCGCAGUCGGACAACGAUGACAAUUUCAUACCUGUUGGCGCUAGGAAUAGAAGAGCAAAGCGGAAUGUGAAUAACACUGUUGUUGGACGAAAUGAAAGUCGCGUAUUGGAUAUAAUUGCCAAUUUAAAGUGGGUACAUUUGUCAUAUUUUAAUACCACUGUUUCCUCUGAAAAUAUUAUGAGCUACGUACAUGAACACGCUGCUAUUGAUAAGAGCGAUCUGAGAUGCUAUGCUUUAGUAAAGAAAGAUGCCGAAAUUAAUGGACUUAGGAGAGUAUCGUUCAAGCUUGGUGUAGCAAACAAAUAUUACGGCAAAAUUUUCGACACAUCGCUUUGGCAAGAGGAUAUUAGA